CCAACUCAGAUAUAUAUAAUUGCUUCCCCUGCUCUCGUUUUUCAGAGUUAUUGAUCCACAACGAUAUCAUCUCAAGUCGACAAUACAUCACAAUGUGCUACCAAUUAGUUGAGCGGUACUCCGCGUGCCAUUGCCUUUACUACCAACAUGCAGUCGAUCGAUGCCCAGCAUAUGGCCAGUCCGGACAUCACAUCACAACCCGGACGAUACUAGUGGGAUAUGCCUGCUCCAAGCAUGCACAGUCUAGCAGCCAUUCAUAUUCUGGAAACCAGACAUACUCUGACUCGGGAUACUAUAGCAACCAGUCUGGAGAUAGCUCCUACCACCACCGACGAUGAAGAGUAUUGUCUUCGGUAAUGGGCUGCUGCGCGUGGCAUUCUCCGCCGCUGUUGAUGUUUGAAUUUUGGGAUUGGGUCCCGUACCUUUACUCCUUUAGACCC